AUGGCACGCGCAAACGCUAGACUGAUUAGGUUUGGAAUCUUCGCCCUCGUGCUGGUGUUCUGCGGAUACAUCCUGACCAAGGGAUCGUCCUCGUCGUACACGAUCUCGCCCAGCGUUGCUCCAGCGACCGGUUCGACCGCUAACGACGCCUUGCUUAGCGUGGCCGAGCCGGCCCAGCCAACGGCCGGAAAGGCUGUCGACAGCGCCGUUUCCAAGCCCAUGGAGACCUCCGACGCUGCUGCUCCCGCUCUUGGUGGCAAGGAAAGAGCCACGUUUGUUUCUCUGGCCAGAAACCAAGAUCUCUGGGAGCUGGUGGGCUCGAUCAGAGAAAUCGAGGACAGAUUUAAUUCGAAAUUCCACUACGACUGGGUUUUCCUGAACGACGGCGAGUUCAGCGAGGAGUUCAAAAAGGUCACUUCUUCGUUCUGCUCCGGAAAGACCAAGUACGGACAGAUCUCCAAGGACCAAUGGAGCUUCCCUCCUUGGAUCGACACCGACAAGGCCGCACAGGUGCGUGAGGAAAUGCGUGAAAAGAAAAUUAUUUACGGCGACUCCAUCUCGUACAGACAUAUGUGUCGGUACGAGUCUGGCUUUUUCUUCAGACACCCUCUGCUCGAAGAGUACGACUACUACUGGAGAGUCGAGCCGGGUAUCAAGAUCUACUGCGACGUCGACUACGACGUGUUCAAGUUCAUGAGAGAAAACAAGAAAUCGUACGGCUGGACCAUCUCGCUGCCAGAAUACAAGGAGACCAUCCCUACGCUGUGGAAGACCACCAAGGAGUUCAUCAAGGAGAACCCGCAGUACCUUGCCCAGGACAACCUGAUGGACUGGAUCUCCGAGGACGGCGGAAGCAGCUACAACGGCUGCCACUUCUGGUCCAACUUUGAGGUCGGUGCUCUGGACUUCUGGAGAAGCGACGCGUACCUGAAAUAUUUUGAGUAUCUCGACAAGGCUGGCGGAUUUUUCUACGAAAGAUGGGGAGACGCGCCGGUGCACUCAAUCGCCGUGGCUCUGUUCAUGCCAAAGGACCAGGUGCAUUUCUUCAACGAUAUCGGCUACUACCACGUUCCGUUCCACAACUGUCCGAUCGACGAGACGAUCCGCAAAGAGAAGAAGUGCAUGUGUGCUCCGAACGACGACUUCACAUUCAGGCCGUACAGCUGCACGUCCAAGUUCUACAAUCUCAUGGGGCUCAAGAAGCCAGACGGCUGGGAGAAGUACGCUUCGUAG